GUUGAAUUCUUACUGUUUAAUUAUAAACAGCCCAGCAAAUUUAACGCACUAUUUCAAGUACUUUUGUGUUAAUAAUAAAUGAGAAAUGUCAGAGGAAAAUUUUAAAAAGAUGAGUAUCAACUUGACAAGAAGCAAGGAGAUUGGUGCAGUAUUGAAUUAUCAUGAAAAUAGCUACAAUCAGGAACUUCAUUAUGUAAAUGAAAAAGAUCAGCCUAUAUACGAAAAUAUGGAUAAUGACUUAUUGGAAGGCCAAAAGUCUUUGCUAAAAACACUGUUUCGAAAUGUAGAAAAGGAUGAUGUUGUUUAUGAAAAUUUAUGCCGUGGAUGCGGCUAUGGUGUAUUCGAGUCUCAAAGCUAUUUAUGCAACUUUUGUUUGUGCAUUACCGAAGGCCUGAAAAAGAAUCAGUCUCGGCAGUUAAAAGAAAAUAAUAAAAUGUAUGUUAAUAAUAGUGACAACAUAUAUGAAAAUAUUUGUGUUAAUUGUUCGAAUUUAUUUAACACCAAAGAAUGUGAAUACUGCACAGUUAAUAUUAACUUGAGUAAAGCAAAACAAUUAAAAUUAGACACCUCAAGAAUAUACGAAAAAAUAACAAAAUCGCAAACAGUGCUCAACUUGGACAGGUAUCGGUUUUUUGGUGAUAUUUUUGGACCAUUCAAAAGGGGUUUAAAAGCCAAACAAAAUUUAUUAAGUGAAAAAGAAAGUGAUUGCAGAAAAAAGAAAUCAUUGGCAAUAAUACAUAACGUUGAAGGAUACAAUAAUAUUUUUCAUACAAACCAAACGUUCGAUAUAAAAGGAAUUUCCAAAUUAAAGCAAGCUGCAAAGUUUAACAGUGAGCAACACAUAUACGGCCAAUUACAAUUUAAUGAAUUUGACAAUAUUGCAGGAGAAAGUUUAAACAUUUUUUUACCUAAUCAGCUUAAACAAGAGCAGCUAACAUCGACUUCUUUGAUGGCACAUACGCAUAUUUCUGAGUCAUGUUUAUUGGAACAUCAAUCCAUCUCCAAUAUCCCCUUUAAUGUAUUGAGCGAUAAGAAACUUCGACUUCACUGUACCGAGAGCGUCUGUUAUUGGAUGAAAUUAUUACGUAAGCAAGUUCACAAUUACCACAGCUACGGGCAAUCGCUAUAUGACGGAGAAUAUGGUAUGUGCAUGCCCAAAAGCCUUCCUUCAAAAAGUAUAUUGAUGGAUACCCAUUGCAAACCUAAUUCGUCAAAUACAAUCAACGAUAAUUUUAACGAACUUCCCAUUCGUAUGGGAGAAACAAAUAAUUAUUUUCCCGUCAUUGAUAAGGGAGUAGAAGUAAAAGAUACUAGGCACACAAGUAAAUUGAAUGCGAAAGCCGAUUCCAGUGAUACACAAGUUAAUGAGUCAACUGAUACAAUGGUGGAUGUAUUUAAACAAAAUAUAUUGACAAAAUGUGUGCUUUAUAAACAGAGAGAGCGUCAACCAUCUGUUGAACAUUCCAGUUUACUCUACACAGAACGAGUAGCACGAUCACCAGUGGAACAAGCAAAAUAUCAAACAUACAACGAAAACAGUGAUGUCUUUGAUUGCCCUUCCGAAUACAGCCCGAUUACAAUUAUGAAUUAUCAAGCUCUCUCUACAGUUAACGUCGAAAAUCGUUUAACUAGUUGUUACUCAACCUGCGUUGUGUCCGAAGUAAAUACAAAUCGCUGCGGUUGUUUAAACGCGAGAGAUUGUGCUCCAAACACUGAAUUUGAACGAGUAAGAGGAGAUAUAGUAGAAAAAUCGCAAAAUAAAAAUUACCAAGAAGACACAAAAAGAGAAUUCAAAUCAAUAAUAAAAACGGAAACAUCUAACGAAUUCAACUGCCCCGAAGGCCAAAACGAACAGUAUGUCAAAAUAAAUGAUAAAUGUUGCCAUAAUUCGCCAGUGAUAAAUGAAGGAAAUCGUGAAAUAAAUUUUUACUUAUUCACACUAAAUUUGUUUGGCGCAAACGAUCGUACAUUGGUUAAAGUGAAUUUUGUAAGAUUAGUGAACUAUGUGUUAAUUUCAUACAGUCUUAACACAAAAAUAUUAUUUUCAUGCUCCAAUCAAUUACAACUUUUUAAUUGGCUCCAAGAUUGGCUUCUUUAUUAUUUUAACCCAUGGAGUUUGAAAGCCAAACGUGCUUUAGAAGUUCUUUCCAAUAAUAAUAACUUAAAAAUAUCACUUAAAUUAUGGACUGUACUGAAUGAGUCAGUACGACAUACACGUUUGGAGAAAUAUGAUAAACAAGAGAAGAGUAUUUGUGUUUGUAACGAAGCAAUCAGCUCAAUGGAAUUUAAAAGUGGACCGGAAAGGGGGAUUGUUGUUGACGAAAAUAGUGAUAGAAAACUUACUAUGAGACAGAAUGUUGUUACAAAAAUUUCAAGUAAGGCCAGUGAAGAAGUUAUUUUGCGUACAAAAAGCAAAGAAUCGUUGGAAAGAAGUAAGAAAGCUCAAGGAAAAUUUUUAGAUUUUGACAAAGUUGCAAUUGAAGCAGAUGAUAGGGUAAACACCCUUCUGUGCAAUAAUUUUGCAGAAGCUGAUCUCAAAAUAGGAAAUAUAUCUUGCAAUAAAUUACCGACAGUUGAAAAGAAAAACUCAAAUAACACUAAACAAGAAAUACAAAGUGAGGAAGAUAUUUAUCAACCCAUUUGGAAGUUUCAAACAGUUGGAGAUGCUCUUUACGACAGUGAUCCCGAAUAUUAUAAUUUAAGCAGCCGCACCUUCAAAUAUUUUGAAAAAAAGCAACGAAACGCUAAUGGUUCAAAUGAUUCAUCGCUAAAAUGCCUUUUAAUUUCUGAUAGUGCAAAAGAUCAUAGCGAAUGGGAGACUGAUGACGAAUUCAAAUAUUCAAAAGAGUUUGACGAAUGUGGCAGAGCUAUGUAUGCAAUGCGAUCACAAAUUUCGCUCAAGGCUUUCUCUCAGAGUAAAAACACACUUACAAGCAUCACAUCAUCAAAUUUUCGACACCCCUUGAUUCGCGCCGUAUGUAUUUUUUUUAGUCUAAAAGAGCCGAAGGCUCGGGCUAUUAUAUAUGACUACAAUCGUAAUAAAUCAUCACAAUACUUUUCAAAAAAAUCGCUCUUGCAUUCAUCUACUGAUACGGAUAUUCCAACUAACUGCUUAAAACCACGUGCAACUAAAAAUGAUCUAUUACAUAGUUUUUCGUUAAUACUUCCGAGCAACGAGCUCAACAAAACAUGUUCAGAAUAUGUCGAUGAAAUGUCAACAGUAUUUAAUUUAAAACCAGUGUACGCGUGGAAAUUCGACCUUUUAAAUACAUCUUCCCAAGAAGAUGAAGAAGAUUUGAUCGUGUCAGAGGAAGCAAUUUUGGGAUCGCAAAUAAUUAAACAUGAUUUUGAUCAUGAAAACUUAUCUCCAAUCGCGUCUACUUUCCAUCUUGUAAAAAGUGCCUCAUUCGGUGAUCUUUUGGAAAUUCCUAAUGAAGAUGACAAAAAAUCAAUUACGGAACGUAUGCGGAGCAAAUUUCAACGAGGAGUUUUAAAAUUAAAUGUUCGCUCCCCCAAGAGUGAAAAGAAAAACCGUUCUGCAAAAACGGAAAGUUUGUACAUAGAAGAAGGUAUCCGACCAAAAUAUCCUAUUUUCAGCGCUCCGCUUAAGCAACUAGAAAUGAAUGAAACAAUACAUCAAAAUGUUCCACGAUUUGUUGUGGACUGUGUAUCUUAUAUUGAACGCAAGGAAUAUAUAUUACAGGAUGGCUUAUACAGGGCGUCUGGCAAUAAAGUCGCCAUUGAUGAAUUAAAAAAGAAAUUAACCGAAUGUUACAUUUACGAUUCAAAACUUUUAAUAGUAGAUGAUAUUCAUACAAUUACUAGUUUAUUGAAGCAGUUCUUUAGAGAAAUCAGUCAGCCUUUGAUUCCUCAACAUAUAUAUAAUGAGAUGAGUCGAAAUUUUUCGGAUGUAGUUAAUAUUAAUAUGUUGAGGAAUAUUCUCGACGAGGUACCGGAUCCAAAUCGAGCAACACUUAAGUUUCUCGUUCGACAUCUGAAGAAUGUUGCCGCCUUCAGUACGGAAAAUCGUAUGCCUGCUUCCAACUUAGCUAUAGUAUGGGGUCCAUGCAUAUUUUCUUCAAAUCAAACUGUAUUUGUUGACAUCGGACGAACAAAUACAUUGACCAAAUUGUUAAUUGAAAAUUAUGACUAUAUAUUUAGAGAGAGGGAGCGACUUGUAAACUGAAAAUUAGUCAUGUAAAAGUUUUUUAUCACACCUUAGGAACUUUUCUAUUGUCUUUUAAGCUGUAUUUAUAAGUUGUAUAAAGAUAAAAAAUAUAUAUAUAUAAGAGUUGAGAGUAUGUGCGUGUGCUUAGGGGUCUGAAUGUUUCUCGUGGAUUUCCGGAUGUGCUAAACGCCACAGCAAAAAUUGGCAAGGAAGAGCCAAAUCGUACCAAAAGUUGUUGACAGAAAUUUACGAACGAGCUUAUUUUUAUAAAGUAGUACUUAACAAAUUUUACCAGAUUGUCGCCUCGCCGGACGCGUUUCAUUAAAUAUUGGUAACAAUUGAUCUUUAUAACUUUAACUAAGAUAUUAGUCCUAUUCGGUUAUUUGUGGUCAUAUUGUGAAUUUUGCACUAACAUAAGCAGAGAUUAAAUGAUAUUUUGUUAAAUUGAAAUGAAUGAUAUCAACACACGAAAAAUUAGUGGCAGUGAAGUAAAAUCAUCAACCGCACGCCACACAGACCCACUUUGAGGAAUUGGAGGUUAGUAAUAUUGAAAGCAUAUAAUUAGAAUAUAUCCCUUUUUGUGCAAUGUGA